UCUCUUUCUCGCGAUCUAAAUAUUUCCGCUCCGACGGACCCCAAGGCCGAGCCACCCACCCGCCCCCGCGACCAUGGACAUGCGGGCCCUCAACUUGAAGGCCGCCGGGCCCUCCUUCCUCGCGCCGCGGCGCCACCCGCCGGCGACCUGGGCGCCCCUCCCCGCCGGGGAGAUCGGGAGGAGGCGGCAGCCGGCGCGGUGGCCCAAGCUGGCGGUGAGCGCGUCGGGGAAGAAGAGCAGGAACGGCCGCGACGGGGACGACCCCAAGAGCAAGCCCUCCUCUUCCGAAUUGUGGUUUCUCAAUGCAGGAAAAGGUGAUGCAUCUACUCCCAUUGGAGAUGAUGAUGCCGAUGCAGUAAGCCAAAAUCAUGGCGAACUGAAAUCCAGUGACACCAUGUAUGUACCAAGCAACCUGUCAUAUUGGCGAGAUGUCAGAGCAAGCUUUGUGAUUCCAAAGUCGGAGCAAGCAGUCGAUGUAAAUACACUACCACAAACAUCAUUCGAUGGACCAGUACACUGUCUUCCUCGGAAAUGGGCCCAUUCUAUUUCUGCGCCAGAGUCUGGCUGUGUGCUGGUCGCCACGGAAGAGCUUGACGGGAACGGUACCUUUGAAAGAACCGUCAUCCUCCUCCUCAAACUAGGUUCGAGAGACGCCUAUGACGGUCCAUUCGGCGUCAUCCUGAACCGGCCACUCUACACGAAGAUGAAACACGUGAACCCAUCCUUCCGCGACCAGGCGACGCCUUUCGGCGACUGCUCCCUCUUCUUCGGAGGCCCCGUCGACAUGAGCAUAUUCCUGAUGAGGACCAACGAAGGCAGGCCCAUCAAGGGGUUCGAGGAGGUAGCCCCGGGCGUGUGCUUCGGUUUCAGAACGGACCUGCAGAAGGUCGGUCACCUGAUGAAGAACGGGGCGCUCAGCCCUGAUGACCUCAAGUUCUACGUCGGGUACUCCGCCUGGGACCACGACCAGCUGCUGAGCGAGAUCGACGCGGGGUACUGGGUCGUCACCUCCUGCAGCUCGGGCCUGAUCACCGACGCGCUGACGACGGACCCUUCUUGCCUGUGGAGCGAGGUGCUGCAGCUGAUGGGAGGCCAGUACGCGGAGCUGAGUCAGAAACCGAAGGAAGAUGGCGCGUGAACUCGGGUAUGUUGCGGCUCAGGCACGGUUUGCAGCAAACUCUGUUGUUGUUCGAUUUGUACAUAAUUUGAGUAAUCUCGUCUGGUCACUGUCCUGUUCGUCACGUGCGGAGACUGUUUUUGUUUUCGUGGCGCUAUGAUCAAUAAUACGUUUGCUGUUGGUGGGUGCACAA